AUGGAGGCUACUUUGGCUGAGGACAAAAUGGAAAUGGCGUCUCCCUAUCAGGGUCACGUCGACGAUUUCGACAUCGAUAUCGACAUCAUGGAAGACCAGGCUUCGACAACAGAUAAGGACAUGAUGAUAGCGGACGACUUUCCAGAGCCAUCAAACGCAGUGGAUCACGACCUGGAGGGCGCUCGCGAUGCAGAUAUGACCGAUGACAUAGCGGAGCGGACGAUGGAUGAUGCGGAAGACGCUUUCGCCGAAGAAGGAUACAAUAUCGAAAUGCAGUACGGGUCCGAUCGGGAUUAUGAAGCAGAGAUGUUAGAAGACGACUACGACGAAGAUAUCGAUGCUCCGGUCACUGACGUUGACGUCCAACCUUCAUUUGAACAACUUGACGAGCCAACGGAACAGGGCCAAGGUCUAAUUGAUGGUAUCACCGUUGUAGACGGACAAAGGGAAUCCCGCAAAGAACCUGACGAGGAUACUCAAGAGCAGCUUGAAGAGCAAUCUCAAGGAGAGCCUCAAGGAGAAUCUCAAGGAGAACCUCAGAAAGAGCCUCAAGGGGAGCCCCAAGAGGUGUUCGAAGCGGAGCAUGACGCCGAACAGGAAGCUGAGGGUUUCCCAACCCACCAUGCUGAGACUCACUCAGGAACUGAGCAUCUUCAAGAGCCUGCGGCAGAUCACCUUGAAGAAGGAGAGGCUGAGGAAAGCUAUGUUGACGCUAAUGAAGCAGAACAUGGAACUGCAGAUCCCACACAACCCGAUGAACAGGGCGACAAUGCUACACAAUCGGCCCAGGUUCAAGCACAAGAAAGCCAUUUCGACAAGACUGACUUCUCUAAAAGUAAGGCUGAAGGAGAAAUCCGGGAAGAAGAGGAGGUUGAAGAUGUAGAACGGCAGCAUGAAGAAGAAGUUGAACGCCAAGACGGUGGAACGAUCGAGACCCAGGGCAUGGAAAAGACAGACAACGAUGCCGCGGCUGGUCAGCAUACUCAGCAACCGGUCGAGCAAACAGUUGAGGUGGCAGAACAUGAAGCUCUGUACCCAGUUAAGGUAUAUUACCAGGAAACCGAGAUAUCUCUUUUCCCCCCUAGGGAGGGUGACUCGUCGGAGACAUUUUUCCUGGAAGAUGAAAGUCUUGCAUAUGGUUCUUUCGCAAAGCUCCUUGAAGCAUGUCGAAAUGUCCUCAGAGAGCAUGUCAGCGAUAGGGAGGUGCUCAUUAUGGAUGUUGAUGCCUUGAACCUUCAGUUUGUAGAGGAUUCUAUGCAUAUGGACAAGAUCACGCUAUUUCAAGUAGUUGACCUCUAUUUGCGCCUAUGCCACAAUGAGGGCAUUGAUGAGCCGGAGCCGCUUUAUCUUUCACUUAGCACACGAUUGACACUUGCUGCGGAGCUUUCUGAUCUUCUCGCAGUAGCCAACGAAGGAAAGGGCCUUACUGAUAUUCAUGCCUGGGAUAGCUACGCAGAGGCUGAAGCUGUCUCCGCGGAACUAUAUGAGGGUCUUGACGAGGUACCUUACUCUGAUUUGCCUCAAGAAGAAGACUAUCCUGAACAUGGGAAUGACAAACAAGUUGGUACAGAGCUUCCGCAAGAGGUCUCUGAUCACCAACAAGAUCAUGACGAGCAUCAUGGUGAAGAGAGUAUUGGAGAUAAUUCUCAAGCGGAAGUUGAAAUUCCAGCUAAUGGUCUCGAAGACGAUGCAUCUAGAGAAGGCCUCGCUGAUCAGGCCGGCGAAGCUGAGUUUGAGGUUGGGACUGAAGGCCACGCAGCUAUAUCUCAACACCCGGAUGAAGCAUCAUAUCAUUCCGAGCAAAGCGAAUCAAGUGCCACGGUUACCCAGCUACCACCGACUGAGAGUGUAGAUGAGCAGCAGGCAGGUGGCGGGUCCGCCAGUGUUACAAACCAUCAGCCCGAUGAGGCUCAAUAUGAGUAUAACGACAUCGAUGGUACGGAACUUGAUGAAACGUUUUCGAAGGGAAACACUCAACUUGAAGGUUUCGACUCGUUGGACGAAGUCGACCAAUUCGAGCCGGGUGAAAUUGUCGAAGCAGCUUCUGUCGGUCCUUACGAAGCUACCUCCGGCUUCGAGGCACAAGAGACUCAUCGGGAACAGAUUUCCAGUGUACGGAAAAACUCUCACACCUCUGAGAAGAAGUCCACUGCAUCCUCUCAAGAUCAUGUCGAUGCGGCAUUGCUUGAUGGUGAUGAUGAUGCUGCUGCUGCUGCUGCUGCUGCUGCUGCUGCUCCGCCCGAAGGUACAGAAGCUGAGUUGGACGAGAGUUUCCAAGACGAAACGGACAACAAGGCUCAUCCAACUAUGAAAUCAGAAGAUGAAUCGACGGGUGCUGUGGACAACUUCAACUUGCCAAGCGAAGGUCCCAAGAACGACGACGAAGAAGUCGCCCAUGCAGAUGAAUUCGAAGAUCUCGGACAUUUCGAUAACGAAGCCGAGCAAAGUCCGCUUUCGACCGCCAGUCAUGACAAUGAUGAUGACUUGAAUUUCGGCGAUGAUUAUUUUGAUUUGGAUCUUCAAGAAGAUUCAGGCGCGAUUGCGAAUGAAGCUCCUACAAAAGCGCACAUUUAUCCCUCCACCAAACGACACCGUGAACCGGAAGAUGAAGUUGAGUUGAUUGAGACGCCCUCGCCUGACGCCAAACGAUCCCGAUCAUCAUAG